CAAAGUCGCUGCCAGUGAGGCUGCGGGGAAUGAAAGACUCGCCAAACAGAGACGCACGGUUUAUUUUCAAUCUAUGGCCAAGACCAACCCACGCAACCUAACCCUACACACUCCGGCAAAGUUUGGGUUUGUGUUCCCUGUCACCGUUAACCGAACUCUUUCACGGGAGAACCAAGAAGAUAUCACAGAGCCUGUGGAUACACUGCAAAGGCCUAUCGCCACACGUACUAGCCCGGGUACGGCUUCGGAUAGUCGAGUUAACGUACAGGGUGCUGAUUAUGUGAAGGCUGUAGAAAACGUAAAAUUUGCAAAAAAAGGUACGCCGGCAUCUUCGCUUAGGUCAGCGUUUGACAGCACAAUUCCCAUGCCGUUGUCUUUGGACGCACACAUUCGUCCUAGUGUCCGGCCCCAGAGCGAAUGGGACCGCUUGUGGUACCCCAUAGUACCUCGAUACUCGCGCAAAGCAAGUGGGCGAAACUGUUUCGCUCCCAGCGCAACAUCUAUAAAUAGAACACAUCGGCGAUAUCUCAAGCCAUGGAGGGUCAGUCCGUACGAUAACAACUUAUCAUCGUGUAGAGUCCCAAAAAGGCAAACGAAGGACAUUCGGCAGAUGCUGAGUGCUAAGCGUGACAGCGAAGAGGACGCGCUUGAGACUGAGUUGGAGAGCCUGCGCAUGACUGGUAAAGCCGAGUACCAACUCACUACAGGCUCACUGAAGCCCAAAGAGAUCACCCUCUCAGAUCCACACGAGCAGUUUAGACCCGCUGUAUUCGACACGCGCAAACUGAACGCACUGUUGGAUAAACGACAUGAGGCGUACCAGAAACGGCUUAAGUAUAUGCAGGAGCGUAUGAUAAAUGUCAAUCGUCGGGUGUCCAACAAG